GGAGAGCGGAGGAUCCGUGUGGACCACAGCUUGCUGCUGCAGCGGCUGAGGGGGGGACGGACACACGCACUCGUUGGCCGGGCGCUCACACACAUACAUAUACACUCACACACACACACACACUCACACACACGCCUCAUCGUUUUCUACAGCAUCAACUCACACACACAGCCGGAGGAGGAAACAGGAGCCGGUCUGCAGACGUUGAAUCUGGGAAAAAAGGUUUUCACCCUGACACACCCAACCAUGGACAGGAAUAGGAAGUGGGUGCCGGGCAUCGGAGCUGUGCUAUUGAUACUCUUGAGUCACAUGACGUCAGCACUAGAAGUGCCUCUUGAUCCUAAAGUACUGGAAGGAUUGCCCCAACCCCCCACCAUAACACUCCAGUCCCCAAAGGAUUACAUCUUUGAUCCACGGGAGAACAUCGUCAUCCACUGUGAAGCCAAGGGGAAGCCGAGUCCCAGCUUUUCCUGGACGAGAAAUGGGACCCACUUUGAUGUCGAGAAAGACUCAAAGGUCCUGAUGAAGCCUGGUUCGGGAACUCUGGUCAUUGACAUCAGCGGGGAAAAGGCGGAGGCCUACGAGGGAACGUACCAGUGUACGGCUCACAAUGAGCAUGGCACCGCUGUAUCCAACAGCAUUGUCAUCAGACAGUCCAGGUCCCCCUUGUGGUCAAAGGAAAGAAAUGAGGCCAUCACAGUGCAGGUGGGGGCCUUCCUGGUGCUGCAGUGCCGACCCCCUGCCGGCCUGCCCCCUCCUGUCAUCUUCUGGAUGGAUAACAACUUUCAAAGGCUGCCGCUGGACAAACGAGUGUCCCAGGCCCUGAACGGAGACUUGUACUUUUCCAACGUUCUGCCAGAAGACACCAGGAGUGACUACAUCUGCUACGCUCGCUUCCCUCACACACAGACCAUCCAGCAGAAACAGCCCAUUUCAGUCACUGUGCUCAACAACAGCCCAGAGGGGGAGCGUCGCCCCGGUUUCAUGUUGCCUCUGGGUCCCACCAGCACCAAGAUGGUUCUGAGAGGGGACACUCUGGAGCUGGAAUGCAUCGCUGAGGGCUUGCCCACUCCGGAGAUCUCCUGGACUAAGGAUGGAGGUGAACUGCCAAGCAGCAGGAUGUCCUUCCAUAACUUCAAGAAAACACUGAAGAUUUCUGAUGUGAAUGAAGCUGAUGCAGGCGACUACCGCUGUACGGCCACAAACAACCUGGGCAUUGCACACCACAUCAUCAAGGUCACUGUCAAAGCGGCUCCUUUCUGGGUCAGCGCUCCCAGGAACCUGAUCCUUGCUCCGAAUGAGACUGGCAUCCUGACUUGUCGAGUCAAUGGAGAACCCAAACCGAAGAUUAGCUGGUUUGUCAAUGGAGUCCCCAUAGAGAAUGUUCCUGAGGAACAUGGCCGUAAGGUGGAGGAUGACACUGUGAUUCUCAGCAACGUACAGUCAGGAUCCAGUGCCGUCUACCAGUGUAAUGCAUCCAAUGAGUUUGGUUACCUGUUGGCGAACGCUUUUGUUAAUGUUCUUGCUGAACCACCAAGGGUGCUCACUCCACCCAACCAAGUGUACCAGGUCAUCACCAACAGCCCUGCACUACUUCACUGUUCCUCCUUUGGCUCACCAAUACCAACCAUCACAUGGUUCAAAGACAGUCAGACCGCCAUUAAGGAUGGUGACUCAUAUGUGAUCCAUGAGAAUGGCACACUGGAGAUCAGUGUAGCCCAGCUACUAAACAGUGGAAAGUACACCUGCAUUGCCACCAACAACCUGGGGAUCAAGGAGAACCACGUCUUCCUGGAGGUUAAAGAGCCCACCCGUAUCCUAAAGCAGCCAGAGUACAAGGUGGUGCAGAGAGGAAUGAGCGCCAUGUUCGAGUGUAAAGUCAAACAUGACCCUUCCCUCAUUCCCACCAUGACAUGGCUCAAAGACAAUGGAGAACUGCCAGAUGAUGAGAGGUUUGAGGUGGACACAGACAGUCUGACCAUCAAAGAUGUGACAGAUGUAGAUGAGGGCACCUACACCUGCAUCAUGAACACAACCCUGGACCAGGACUCAGCCAGUGCCAUGCUGACUGUUGUUGAGGCAACUCCCACUCCAGCUAUUGUCUACGAAAAACCCGACCCUCCAUCAGACUUGGAGCUAACGGACCAAACAGAGAGGAGCGUUCAGCUAACGUGGAUCCCUGGAGAUGAACACAACAGUCCCACACAGAAGUUUUUGAUCCAGUACGAGGAUCUGCUCCACCAGCCCGGAGUUUGGAUCAACCUGACCGAGGUCGCUGGCACUAGCACCACAGCACAGCUAAACCUCUCUCCUUAUGUCUACUACUCUUUCCGAGUGCUGGCUCAGAAUCGCGUGGGCCACAGCGACCCCAGCCAGCCCUCGCGUCAAUACAGGACCAGCCCCGCAGCUCCUGAUGAAAACCCAUCAGAUGUUCAGGGAGUAGGAACAGAGCCUGGCAACUUGGUCAUCACCUGGACACCACUGACAGGAUUUCAGUCCAACGGACCUGGUUUGGAGUACAGAGUGCAGUGGAGACAGAAGGACAUGGACGACGAGUGGUCAUCAAAGAACGUGGCCAAUGUUUCCCAGUUUAUCGUGUCUGGAACCCCCACCUUUGUUCCGUACGAAAUUAAAGUUCAAGCUUUGAAUGAUUACGGCAGCGGACCAGAGCCUGAAGUAGUGACUGGGUACUCCGGAGAAGAUUUUCCUGUGUCUGGCCCUGAUAGUGUGCAGGUCAUGGUUCAUAAUGGCACGCUGGCAGAGGUACACUGGGAGCCUGUGUUGUCCCCUUCAGUCAGAGGAAAACUACAGGGAUACAAGGUGUACUAUCGUCGUGAGCGGGGCUUACAUGAGACAGAGAUGGACAAAGAUCAGCAGGACCAGGUUCUGACGUUCAGUGGGAACCGUAGUGAGGGGCGUCUGCCGGGCCUCCAGCCUUACAGCCUCUACAGCCUCUUCAUAACGGUCCUUAAUAACAAAGGAGAAGGGCCUCCAAGCACCAGCAAGACAUUUGAGACGCCUGAGGGAGUCCCGGGGCCGCCUUCUUUUCUGAAGGUCAUCAACCCUGGUUUGGACUCUCUCACUCUGGAAUGGGGCUCACCAGUGAAUAACAAUGGACGCCUCACUGGAUACACACUGAAAUACCAACCAGUCAACAACACCAAUGAACUGGGCCCGGCCAAGGUCAUGAGCUUUCUAGCCAAUGACACCACGGUUACCCUGGGCAACCUGAACUCCAGCAUGCUGUACAAGUUUUACUUGAGUGCAAAGACAAUCAAGGGCUCUGGCCCCAUCAUCACAGAGGAGGCCUUCACAGUCAUGGACACAACUCGUACUCAGCCCCCUGUAGAGACGGGCAAAGGCCCCACAGAGCCCCCUCACCCAACCUCCCCCAUCACUCAGUCUCUGCAUCCCCCGUUUCACAAGGCGCCUCCUGUAGGCCCUGCGUUUGGCACAGUUAACACGUCUGUAUCGGAGGACAGUGCAGUGAUCAGUUGGGAAUACUUUGGACACCAUAAGAAUGUAUAUGUGGAAUAUAUUGUAGAAAACAGUAAAGACGACUGGAAAAAGGAGUUGGUAAACAGUUCACACUCGCAUAUGCUAAAAGGUUUAAAGCCGGGGACGUCCUAUAAGGUGCGUGUGGUAGCUAGAGACCCGGCUGACCCGACGGUCCACAGCACAGACGAAGUGGUGGUUACAGUGCCAGCUGUGCCCAGCCGGCAGGUAGACAUCGCCACCCAGGGCUGGUUUAUUGGACUGAUGUGCGCCAUCGCUCUUCUUAUCUUGGUCCUCCUCAUAGUGUGCUUCAUCAAGAGGAACAAAGGUGGCAAAUAUCCAGUUAAAGAGAAAGAAGAUGCUCACCAAGACCCUGAGAUCCAGCCCAUGAAGGAGGAUGAUGGGACAUUUGGAGAAUACAGUGACACAGAGGACCACAAGCCGCUGAAGGGCAGCCGGACGCCGUCCAACGGGACGGUGCGCCGUGACGAGAGCGACGACAGCCUGGUGGACUAUGGGGAGGGCGGGGACGGGCAGUUCAACGAGGACGGCUCCUUCAUCGGCCAGUACAGCGGCAAGAAAGAGAAAGACACGCACGAAGGCAACGAGAGUUCAGAGGCCCCGUCGCCCGUCAACGCCAUGAACUCGUUUGUCUAACGAAAGGAGGGGGGGGCCACUCCUUGUCACCCUCGCAAGUGUGACCACCAUCUCCCGUGGUGGCAGUUGCUAAGGUGACAGUCGUUGUGGACACCUACUUUUUUCGCCAUGGUGGCGUCACUUCAGUGGCCACGGCUACAUGUCACCAAGACUGCUGACACGCCCUCAUCUCCACACCCGCCAACCCCUGUCACACUGUGACCUCCUGACCAACACACACUCAACAUGGCAAAGAACCGACACCACAUCCCACCCCACCCCCAUGACCGUGGGAAGAAGGCGUGAAGCGAGGGAUGCGAGGAUUCCAAGAAGAGAGGGAGGGAGAGAGGAAGCAAUACAGAAGAGCAGAAGGAAUGUACAAGAAGUAUUACCACUCAGACUGAGCAGGAGUGUGGCCAAGUGUGUGUGUGUGUGUGUGUGCUAGUGCCAUUUAAUCUCCUUUGCAAACAUACUAAACAUAAUGUAUCCAAAUCUAUAUUUUAUCAAAGUACAGUACAUGACCCGCAGGCAGGCAAAUAUGCAUCGAAUCACAUCCACAAACAUCUGCAUGGAGUAAAUCAUGAUUCUGUGAAGCGUUUCACCAUCUUUGUGUCAGGUGUUGCAGAGGUGAGCUGUGACUGUUUAUGGUGCACGCCUACUCGCGACUGCAUAUGACUUUUUAACGUUUCUUUUGUUUUAUUUUUCAGAAAGUGUUAAAUGGCGUAUGUUAUAUAGAGAAAAAUGGCAGCGGUAUCUUUGCUGCUGUGAAAUGCGUGACUCAAAGCAGAAGCUAGCAUAUGGCUUUUUGAGACAGACGAACUGUUUGUACAUAUGUAUUAGAAUAAGAAGCUAUAUUUCAAGGUCAGGGAUGUCCAUUUGUAGUCAUUGGAAACCUGGCUAGAAACACUUUAAACUCAGCGUUCGCUCACUCCUUAUCACACCAGCCAGUCAGCCACAACUCCCACACUGAUUUGGUCUGUUUUUAGCCUCACGCUUGCUCUUUUCUUUCCUGAUCUGUUCCUUUUUUUCCUCUUUUUUACACCGAGCCUAUGCUUCUCGUUACUGAGCACUAACUUGAACACAAGUGGAGAUGUGAUUUGAUCCAGUGUCACUGUCAAAGUGCUUCCACCCCCUCUACCCCCUGAAUCGCGGCCACUGUGCACGCCUUUGUGUCAGGGCGAUUGUAAACUGCUACCCCAGCGUCGUCUCAGAGCAUUUCCACUUCCUGUAUGUGCUGUGUAUGCCAGCAGAAAAGAGAGAAAAGCUGUUGCAUGUGGAGGUUCACUGAGUGUACACGUGGUAGUUUCUGGAUAUUUAGAUGUCGAUGAUCGAUCGAGAACCUCUUAGCAUGGUUUCUAGUGCCUUUUGUAGAGAACAGUGACUUAGAUCCAUAGUUACAUCCGUCUUCAUGCGAAGAACAGAACUGGGCUCAGUGCAGCUCAUAUACUCAUACAGUCCAUUCAAAAUACCACCUACUUGAUUUAAAUGAAUGAGGCUGUGUGAGUGUUCAAAACUACAUUAAACAUCUGUGGAAAAUAAGCUCCACAGGAUUCUGAUGUUAAGGAGCUUGUUCAUAGGGGCACGUUAAAUCUAAGGCCCUUCAUUGUGAACCAUGUGGUCACUGAGUAUUGUGAAUCAUCCAUUAUUCAUUUAAAAAAGCCUCUUUAGAGUCUCGUUAUAGGGUCCAGGUUCCUACACAGGGUGUAAAAUGAUUUAAAAAUGGAUUUCAAAAAUGACCUUUUUCACGCUGGCGUUGGUGGUGAGGAAUAAUUUCCAACUACAGAUUGUUACGGCCUCUUUGACAAUCAUGUCAUCCAGCUGUCAUCAGCCCAUUCGGUGUAGAAACAGAAAUCACACCAUUCCACCUUAAGGGAGGCUGAGUAAAUGCGUAGGGAAGCCUGAGGUCACAGCAUGAGCGCCUGACGAUGUCCCAUGUACUCAUUUCAAACGUUCUCCUCCUAAUUCAUUCAUCAGGAGGAGGAGCCGCUGCUCAGCAGCACUAAACUACUGCCAACCUACUCACCAGGUAACUGCCAAUGGGAACCGAGACUCACUCUCUGGUACAGACUACAAGAAUGGGACUUCCUGUUACUGGUAGCACUUAGAAAAGAAGGGGGUCGGAAAAUUUGCGUAAUGAUACUGAAUGUGGAAACAAGUGUAUCUGUUAAUGUGAAUGAAAAUAUUGCUUGUUUCACUGCAAAAUGGUAAACACACUGGUGACUUUGGUUUAUGCAUUUAACCUUAUAUCUGUGUAUGUUGUCACGUCCCGAGCGCAGCACUCAGUGAGUUUUCUAUUACUGUAAAUGAAUGAAGCUUGUGUGUGUGUGUGAGAGUGAGUGUUUGGGGUGCAUGGGUGUGUGUGCGUCUGUAUGUGUACGUGUGCGUGCAGCACAUGCAUGCUACUAUGUUAAAGCGUGCGUGAUGUAUACUAUCGCUUUCUAUUUCCAUGGCAACAGUCUAUAAUUCUGACGUGUGUCGAGCAGUCAGCAGGAGAUUCCAAACUUCUCCAAACUUUUUUUUUUUUCCAAGAGAACAUUUCCAUGUCUAUCAUAACUUGCAUCAAGUUUUUAGGUUGCCAUGUGUCAGCUUUCCACAUGUAGAUAUUUUUGUUGUAUUUUGUAAAUAACGGCUUGAGUUGAUGCGUAGAUGCGUUGAGGUCAAAGGUGAGAACGUGACCUCUGCUGCAUUAUGGGUAAGAGAUGGCUUUGUGUGAGAUGACUAUUUAGUUUUCACUCUUUAUUUGCUGUGAAACUUAUUUUAUUUCUUUUUAUUAUUUUUUAAACUCGUCAGGUGAAUUUGCUCAAAUGUUUAGCCUAUCAGGUAUCAAAGGAGAUUAUUUAACUUGUGACUGAGCUCUCGUGACACCUGUAUUGUUUCUGUCUCUGACCGUUCAUGCACCUUUUUUCUGUAUUUUUUAUAAAAAGGCACACACUUAAACAGGAUUCAUCAUUUCAAACUAAUUCACGCUUCUAAUUUAGGGCAACAUCCGGCAUCAAAACUGUUGCUCUAAACUAGACAUCUCCUGAAACGGACUCGUCCUUUUUAAGAGUGUGCACUUAAAAAAAAACUAAACUGUAAUUUGGAGCAUUCAGAGCCGGCAUGGACAGAUUAGCGGACUGGCACACUGCAGUGUGAAUACCAUGUUCUAGUGACUGGUGACCAUACAGUAGGAUAUACAGUAUAUGAUAUGAUAUAUGACAUUCUGGUUAAUGUUGAAGCUACAUGAGAAGCAUGAAAGGCUGUCAAAAUGGUUUACUCUACAGUAUAAUAUUGCAAAAUAUUUUGUAUUUUAAAUGAAGUUCUAAAAAAUGAAAUAAAUGUUGGUUUCAGGA